AUGACAAUUAUCACUACGUCCGUUGGCAGUUUUGCCAUUGCUCUUCUGGCUUUUGGAAGAAUCGUCCUUGGUGGCCCAAUUCCUAUCGACAUAAGGGGAGACGUCAUUAUAUCUAUCCCCAGUGGCAGCCACACCCACACCGGGUCCGAUCCCUUCACAGGUUCAGGUGCUCUGGAGAUGAACAAGGUUUCUGCCAGAGUUGAUAAUGGCGGCAGAAUACCACCACAGUGGCACCUCCACAAUGUACCUCCUCCCUUCACGAAACAUCGAAACACAGUCGAGGCCAGAUCGACGGCAUUCACAGAAACUAUCAAAAAGAUUAGGGCAUAUAUAGGUGCCAACCCUACUUUAGAACACACACAAUCAACCGCGGCAAAAUCUGCGAAACCUCCUGCGAAACGAUCAGAAAAAGAUAAAGUUGGCCACCCUGUACCAACCCAGUCUGCUGUUGACCAUAUAACACCCAUACCCGGAGGCCCAUGGAAGUACAGGGAGCCAGCCAAAACCAAAUACCCCGCAAAGCACAGGAAUCCUGUGCCAGUUAUUUGGUGA